AUGGAUCCCCGUCACGAUGCGUCGGUCCUCCCACAUGGACAUGAGCCAGCAUCGCUUCCGUCGCCGGCGAACAGUCGCCGGCGACUAUCCAUGGACGAAGACCUGCGCUAUCAACGGAUCAUGACAGAGCAUCCUCGACGACCUUCACGCCCUCCACCGUACCAAGUCGACGACCCCAGGCAAAGAGACGGGCAAGGAAAAGAUCGUCCGAGGAAUGGGGAAGGAAAGGCCGUUUUGGUCACGGCUGAGGAAGGCAUUGGAGGUGCCGCGGAGCCAUUGGAAGGCAAAGAGAUGCUGCCAGCCUACACAAGCUCUGUCGAGCUCGAAGGAGUCUUUAUGAAGAAGCAUGAGAUCGAGGAGACCACGAAGCGGGCCGAGGAGCGCCGCUGGCACACAACAUUCGUUACGUUGACUGGGACGGCGUUGAACUUAUACAACGUGAAGAAGAAUCGGACCUGGGGUAGGACCAAGGACGGCCCAUCAGUCAGCCCCGACAAUCCCCCUUGGAUGCGCAAGGCAAAGCUUCAAAAGAGUUACAGCCUACUGUACGCAGACGCUGGCAUCGCGGCUGACUACAAGAAACGUCGUUAUGUUAUCCGAGUCCGCGCCGAGACUGAUCAAUUCCUCCUAUCCUGCAUCGAGCUGAGCACCUUCAACAGGUGGCUUCAAGGCCUUUUCGCCGCAAUCGAUGUGGCGCUACCCAUUGAGGAUCGGCGCCCAGAUGGUCACCUGCGGAGGAGAUCAUCCUCCCCGGAUCCGUUGCCGUCUUUGUACGCGGACCAACAGGAGACGCAAGCUUUAGUCAACGCGCAAGUCGGAUCGGCACCAGUAUUCGAUGAUGAAGAUGAUGGAGUUGAUGUCGAUCAACAGCAUGAGGUUGAUGGCGCCAGUGAUCAAGUUGCUGCUCCUACACGGCUGGAAGUGGCGCAUCGGCUGAGUACGACAUCGUAUUCAAACGAAGGCGUUGAUCCUCACGAUGGCAAAUGGGUACCCGAGCAUCGUUGGACCAGCGCUCACGAUGCGUUGUAUGCCAAGCUAUGCUACAGCAACCUCUUAUUCCGCAGCCCUCGAAAGUCCAGCUUCAUUAUCAAAGAAGGCAAGAAGUGGUAUGUGGAUUGGGCUACGGGGCGGAUGGUUCGUGUGCUGCCACCAGCGUACGGCGAGUCGGAUCAUUUCGGCCCCUGGCAGGUCAUCCACACGGACAACAUGCGUCUUUAG